AUGCCACGGAGGGCCCAUACCAAAUCGCGCAAUGGAUGUGAUCAGUGCAAGAAGAGGAGAGUCAAGUGCGACGAAAAAGGCCCACCAUGUUCAAAUUGUGUCACCAGAGAACUUCGCUGCACUUACUUGAACACUCCUGCAGCACGCAACAUAGCCAGUUCUUCAUCUGCGAGUCCGAACUCCAUACAUCCCGGACUGGGUCCAACCUCGGAUGAAGCCAGUCACCCCUUCGUUGGCGCAACUGCCAACGUUCCAUUUACAUAUUCUCGCAAGCGGGAACUAGAGCUGAUGCAUAAAUUUUCCACGGAUACAUAUCGAAGUCUUUGCAACAAAGAAUCAGAUCACUAUGUAUGGCAGGUUGUCAUGCCACGCAAAGCUCUGGAGCAUGACUUUCUCAUGAGUGGAAUCCUAGCAGUAGCCUCCCUGCACACGGCCUCCGCUUUGGAGCCACCACAAGCUUUGUCUUAUCUCGAUACGGCCCUCGAAUACCAUAACCAGGGGCUUGCACCCUUCCGACACGCGAUUGCCAAUCUAACCCCACUCAACUGUGACGCCGUAUUUGCCCAUUCCGUCAUCACCAUUAUGAUCUGCAUAUAUCUCCCCCGGUUACCAGGAUCUAGAGGCGAAAGCUCUAGCAUGAUCGAGAACCUUAUAUUCGUAUUCGAGUUACUAAAAGGUGUGGCUAAGAUUUUCUCGAUCACGCGGUCCUGGCUGGAAAAUAAUCUAUUUGUCUCUAAGAACGGCUUCUUUGCGAAGUCCGGUGCCCCGCUAGAUGCCGGAGCUGAGGCUGCUUUGACUCGUCUAGCCGAUCUAAACGAUACACUCCUGUCCAGCAUGGAGCCAGACCAACAUAGCAUCGUCAAAGACGCCAUCUCUCAUCUCCAUCGUAGCUUUGCUCGCUACGCACAUGAACAAGAUGCAGCUUCUGUCCUGUCUUGGCUUGCAUGUGUCGAUAAGGAGUUUGUUCAUGUUGUUUGUCGUCGCCAGCCGCUUGCUUUGCUUGUUCUCAUGCAUUGGGGCGUUUUACUCGCCGAGCUUGAUGGAAAGACAUGGUGGGCUCGGAAUUCCGGUUCCGCCCUCGUCUCAGAGAUUUUGGUUGCUCUACAGGCGGGUGAUGCCCGGUGGGAAGAGGCGGUUUUAUGGCCGAAACAGAAACUAGGUCUUUAA